AUGGAUCCGAUAGACGGCGAGCCGCAAUUUGGCGAAAAGCCUCUUCUUAAUACCAAUUCGCGACCAUAUAUAACCCCAUUAGAUGCAAAGGCUGCUACCAGUGCUCCUAAUUCUACCCAAACUAUAUUCCAAGGCUCAGGUGUCCAACACUCUGGACAGGGGCCUUUAAUUGUCGGAGGAAACGUUAAUAUUACGUCGAACGCACAGCCGGAUUCUAAGGAAGCAGUCGAAAAGUGCAUAAAGGCACUCUUUUUGACUGAUCCAUCCGAAGACAGAGACAUGUUGAAACGCAAGAAAGGAAAGCGUGCAGGUGGGACUUGCGAAUGGAUUCUCAAUACAAAGGAAUUGAAUGAUUGGCUUCGCCUGGAGGAGACGGAACAGAAGUCUCGGCCAAACGGCAUCUUGUGGCUCCAUGGGAAUCCUGGAACAGGGAAAUCCACCAUGGCCAUCUAUCUCGCGGAGGAACUAUCGACUGCUUUUGAUGCAAUGGAGAAUAUGACACUAGCCUAUUUUUUCUGUGACGCCAGCUUCGAAAAACGAAACACAGCGACGUCAAUCAUCCGGGGUCUCCUCUAUCAGCUUGUUCAGAGGCAUAGGAAUCUUCUCUCCAAUUACAUUUUACCCAAAUAUAAGGAGCGAGGAGAUCAAUUGUUUACAUCAUUCGAUUAUCUAUGGACCAUUUUCAUUGCCGCAGCUGCGGACCAGGAGACUGGGAAUACUACACCGAAUCUCUCUAUCUUAAUCACAAGCCGACCAUAUCCUGAAAUCAAUGAAUAUUUGCAAGACUUCAUGAAUGCGGACUUGGCUUCCUUUGAUGAAGCGAGACAAGACAUCAACAGAUGCAUCACAGAAAGAGUCGACGACCUUGCCAAGAAAAAACACUACACAGAUAAAGUUAAGAGGGAAAUUACAGAUUUGCUGAGAGAUAAAACUGAAGGAACCUUUUUGUGGGUUGGAUUAGCCUGUGAAGAACUAAGGCGCAAGCCGUCUAAAGACGCUAUUCCGUUCCUACGAGGUAUACCGAAAGGACUUACCUCGAUCUAUAAAAGCCUCCUCGAGACGGCCAUUGAAAGCGAAACCGGCGAGCGUAUGGCAAUUCAACGCAUCCUAAGCUUUGUUGCUAUAUCGUUUAGAGCACUAAGCGUGCUAGAGCUCUCCGAAGCUUGUCAGUUACACCAAGAUGAACCGGAUCUGGAUACUCGUCUGCAGUACAUUCGUGAUCAAAUUGCAUCCUGCCGUCUCCUGGUCGUGGUUUAUGACGAAAAUGUGCAAUUGCUUCACCAAUCCGUAAGAGAUUUCUUAACCGGCUCCGGCUCGGGCUUCUUCAUUGAAAGAAUCGAAGCACAUGCUGAUGCUGCCUCGUGCUGUAUCGAUAAUUUGAUUAAACGAUUCCACAGUGGCAACACGUCAUCAACUCACUUUCUCUAUUAUGCGAUGGUAUAUUGGCCGGAACAUGCCUUCCAAUAUUGGUGGAAUAUGCUUUGGGGAUACGUAAAGUCUAUCCAACCUUGA